AUGGAGAAUGGAAGCUUGAGCCAGGGAGAGGGCAAAGACCCCUCUGCCUUUCUCAGCGAGAUUAUUGGAAACUCUGUCACCGUCAAAUUGAACAGCGGGGUAGUGUACAAGGGAGAGCUACAGUCUAUUGAUGGAUACAUGAAUCUUGCUCUAGAGAAGUGCGAGGAGUAUGUGGAUGGCGUGAAGAAGAGGAGCUAUGGAGAUGCCUUCGUCCGAGGAAACAAUGUGAUGUACAUUUCAGCAGAUUAA